AUGGCAUGGCAUGCGUUACGUGGUGGGUGCAUGGCGGCCCGGCAAAACAAAAGCGCCCCCGCAAAGCCUCAAUUAUUGUGUGAGACACUUGAGCCAACCACCAUGCAAACGACCAUCCAGAAGGGCAAUGGCCCGUUAUCGCUAUCUCACGAUAGUGCCAUUGCACCUUGCUUUUUGGUCACGUUGAAAAGCCAUCAGCUGACCACUUCAAUUGGCUCUCUGACAUCAAAAUCCGCCAUUUCACGGCUCGCCUCCAGCAUUCAAGACGGAUGGACCGGGAUCUUGGAGAUCGAUUGGCGUAAUUGGCGCGCCAAAAAUGGCGUUUUGUACUUAUUAGUAACAGCGCUAUAA